AUGCGAACAACGCCAAAUAUGUUCCCCGUGAACUCUGUGAGCUCUCAACGCACUGUGUGGUCAGUGAUGCACGAGCCACCGCCACCGCCGUACCGACGUCUCGAGCCACAGGAUCAGCAGCAUCAACACUCUUGCAAUUUGCGCCAAUUAAAUACAGCGGACUUCGGUACCUCUUCUUGUGACGGCGCAUUGGCAAAAAAGGCUUCACGGAACUCAAAAAAAGACAUUGUGCCAAUCUUCAUGGCGAAUUCCACGCGACUUCUCAUGGAGGCGGCGGAGACUGCGAAAGAAUUGAAUAAUUUUGAAAGUUCUCUUGGGUACCAGCUUCGUACCACCCCCGUCUUCCCGAACGAGGGGCGGCAGGAGAGCCCCAUUUUAGAUGCCGACACGGGUGACUUACCGCAGAGAAGCUUUACCCCAAAAUCAAUGGACGCGACGCCAUCUCUGGCCCAGCGAUCUCCGCGGGCGUUGCUGAGUCUUUCCCCCCGCAUACUUUCUGAGCUUCUUUUGCGAAAUAAUUCGAUUGUGUCACGGCUGCUAGAGAUAGGUCAAGAGAAGGUGCUGCAGCAUAUGGAAGAGACAGGACGUCGGGUUGGAAUGCGAACGGUGACAUCACAGGAGCUUUUCUUUUUGCUAAGUUGCAUUUUUGAUGAAAAGACGCUCUGGAAAGGUGAUGUUGAAUAUCUGUUUCGCUUUUUUGAUUGGGGUGGAAAGGGCUCGAUGGAGUUUAAGGAAUUUCUCGCCAGUGCAAGCCUUCUUUUUGUGCCUGCAGAGGUGCAGAUAGCUGUGCAGUGCAGGAGGGUAUUGAAUGAGCGUGUGCUCGAUGACAGUGUUAUUUCAGUUACAGACAUUGAUUUGAUGCUUGCGUCGCUGACAGAUAUUUUUGCAUUGGUUCUUCCAGAGGUCUCUGCGCUCUGUGAUGAGGUGCGACUGACGGUGGGGAAUGUCAUGCCGACGCACACAGUGCCUGUGGCGGCUUUCCGCAAUGAGAUAAAUCGUAUUUCCACUCUGAAGCGUUGUAUCUCGGCGGUUGAGUGGAAUGGUUCUAUUAAGUGGUCAGUAGUGUUACCUACACCACUAGAAAGUGAUUGUGGCGGCACACAUUUGGAGCGUCAGAUGAAGUUGGUGAGCAUGGCCAUUGCGGAGGGACGAGAGGCUUCCUUGUCUUCGGUCAGUGUGCAGAGCGAUGAAUAUCUUAUGGAUGUUUCCCACCCACGCUUUGUUGCUGAUAAAUAUCUCAUUCGUUACAAGUGA